AAUUUUCUUUCUAAAUAACCACACAUUUUCAAAUUUAUAGGAUUUGCGGAUUGAUAUAUUUUUCGGAAUGUUACUCAAGACUAGAAGUUUGUGCACCAGUAGAAUCCAUAGAAUGGCGAAGCUAAGCGAACUUCCCAAGAGCAGCAGCUUCACGAACGAUUUGAAGCCUGAUAGUAAGAUCCCAACCACUUAUGAUGCCCUUGCAAACAAUGAAGGAAUCAUCAAUAAACCAAGAAUCUUACAACUGGGGUCAUUUUCUUGGACUCUUCCAGAAAAGAGACCAGAAUAUAAAUUUCUCACAGCAAGUGAGUUGGCCUUGAAAGAUUUGGGAUUGGACCCAAAUGAGCCAGAAAAUGAAGAAUUUCAACGAUUGGUCAGUGGCGAAUUUUACAAUGAUAAUGAACAUUUGACCGACAAAGAUUAUCCCUAUCCAUUCCCAUAUGCGCAAGCAUAUGCUGGGUGGCAAUUCGGCCAAUUUGCUGGACAAUUGGGUGAUGGAAGAGUGGUCAAUCUCUUUGAAGUGGACAAGAAGGAGAAUAGAGAUGGUAGGGAUAGAAACAAAUAUGAAGUUCAACUCAAGGGAGCAGGGAAGACUCCUUAUUCCAGAUUUGCAGACGGUAAGGCAGUUAUAAGAUCGUCUAUAAGAGAAUACUUGAUCUCAGAACAUCUACAUGCUAUAGGUAUCCCGACCACAAGAGCGUUAGCACUUACAUACCUCCCCAAGACUUAUGCACAGAGACAUCGAGCUGAGAAGUGUGCCAUUGUAGCAAGAUUUGCCGAACUGUGGAUCAGAUUAGGUACUUUUGAUUUAUACAGAUGGAGAGGUGACAGAGUUGGAAUAAGGAACCUUUCUGACCAUGUGAUCAAGGAAUUAUUCACUCUCAAUGAAGGCCAACAAUUUACUCAAUUUGAUCAAUUAUUACAAAAGAAGGGUGAUUUUUUCAAUUCAUCGCAAACUUCAAUAGGUCCACUCACUGAAUAUGAUAAAAUGUACUAUGAGAUUGUGGUGAGAAAUGCCACCACUACAGCCAUGUGGCAAGUUUAUGGAUUUUUGAAUGGGGUUUUGAAUACAGACAAUACCUCUGUAUUGGGAUUAUCUAUGGACUUUGGACCAUUCCUGAUUAUGGAUAAAUUUGAUCCUGGAUACACUCCAAAUUCCGAAGAUCAUGAACACAGAUAUGGAUACAGAAAUACCCCAACUGCAAUUUGGUGGAAUCUUACCAGACUUGGAGAAAACUUGGCCGAGCUUAUUGGAGCAGGGCUGGAAUUGGUUAACGAGUCAUCUUUCAAAGAAGGGACUUUAAAGAAAGAAUGGGAAAACAAAAUCAUAACUAGGGCAACGAAAAUAAUCGAGGUUGGUGGUGAAAUCUAUAAAUAUGCCUUCACUACAAAGUAUGUCGAGACAAUGUUUGGAAGACUCGGACUACCACGCUCCUUGAUUGAUUACUCUAACCCAGACAAACAUAAUGACGAAUUGAUUGCGCCAAUGUUGGAUAUGCUUCGUAAGGUUCAAUGUGACUAUAACAAGUUUUUCUUGAUCUUACAAACAAUUCCUGAAUUGGACCCUACGUUGUUGGCAAUGACCAUUUUGUUACCAGAGGAGAAGUCUGAACAUUCGGACAUACUGCAACAAGAGUUAACCGAAGACUUGACUUCGUGGUUAGAGGUAUAUGGUAAAUAUUUGGAAAAGGGAAACGCUCUGACAUUGCGUACCACUAUAGCGGCCGGGAACAAUCCAAUUUUCUUACCACGUAACUGGAUUUUAGAUCAGGUUAUUGAAAAAGUGGAAGAACUGAAUGGAGAAAAUAUUGAACAUUUGUUAAAGUUACAAAAAAUGUGCUUGAACCCAUACGACAGAAGUAAGUGGGGCAGCGAAUUGAAAGAAUUUGAAGUGAAAUGGUUGUUACAAGGUGACAUGGGUGAUGACUAUUCUAUGUUACAAUGUAGUUGCUCCAGUUGAUAAGAUAUAUAUGAAAAAUGAAUCAAGAAUUUCUCUAUUUUAUUCGUGUAUUUGUCUAUUAAAU